GGCGGCAUUGGUCGAACAAGAUGGCGGGUGGUGUCCAGUUACUUUGCUUGGCAACCAGCAGUGGCGUGCCUCUGUACUGCAGGAGCAAGGGGGAGAGCAGGCAGCUCCCGUUCUCUGUGAUUGGCUCUCUAAAUGGAGUGCACAUGUUUGGCAGUAACCAGGAUGUUCUACUGACUAGUACCUGCACUGACAACACCAGGGUCUGUUGGAGAGUCUUCCGGGACAGCAUCACACUCAUCGUCAUGAGCUCUGAGGAAGAUGCCAGUGACCUUUACCUCAGCCGCCUGUUAGACAACGUGUUCAGUGCCAUGGUACUGGUGAUUGGCUUGGAUGACCUGGUGAACCUCAAGAACGUGGAGCGAUUGAAGCGAGAACUCCGGGCUUGUUAUAAGUUGAUUGACAGUUUGCUGGCUGCGUCGGAUUGGAUCGGGGACCUGACGCUGUGCGUGGAUUGCGUGGUGUCUCCUGAUGCUGCAAUACUGCAGGAAGUGCUGGAAGUGUUUGUGGCUGCUGCGGAGAGCAACUUUGGCUGUCUCGUGGUCAUGGGCAAAGUAGUUGUGGCCACGGAGAAGUGGUGGCGGCUGGCUGCCCAGGAGGUAGUGCUGUUGGCAUGGCUGGUUGGAUCACUGGCACCCAGUUCAUCCCGGGACUACCCCAUCUACUUACCACAUGGCAGCCCAACCGUACCCCACAGACUGCUGACCUUCCAGCUGGUCCCUGGUGUGGACGUGUGCUUACUGUGUGGACCAACUCCAUCUCUGCAACAGGUUCAGUCAGAGUUAGUUGAACGAUUCUGGAGUCCAUUGCUUGAACCUUUAAAAACCUGCUUCAGGUUGCAUCACUGCUCUUUCCCUGCCUGCAGUCCUUUACACCAUAGCAUAGUUGGUCUGCUGCUGAUAAACAGGGAACAGAACAAGAACUUAUUCACCUUGCAGCCCCAUGGGGUUGAGAACACCCAGCAACAGGAAGCAAUACUUCCUCCUGAGAGACGUAGAUCAGUUCUGCGACAGUUUUACACCCUGGCUGUCUCGGCAUACUUCCCAGCAGAUACAACUGAAGACAAGCCUGCUCUCCAUGAAGAAUUCCACGCCGGGUUCACCCACGCACCAUCGGAGUGCUACAUCGUCGCUGAGGACCACAAGUGCUACGGUAUCCAGACCCAGCAACACCAGCUGUUCCUGACCUUCACGGCAGACACCCCAACCUUUGCUCUGCGGAACAUUGCAACCAAAACGCUCAGCCUGCUGACGAAAGAAGUGCCUUUCUGAUCUCCCUGAGAUGGGGGUGAAGCAGAAUGAUGCCGGUUUGUAGCUCACUCCACACCUUCCCCCUCAGCAAAGUAGACCACCCACCCGUGUGGCACGGUCGUCGGGGUUGCUGAGCUGGCUCACACGGUCAGUGCUCCGUGUGGAAGAGGAGGAUGUUCGCCGGGCCCGGAAGUGGCCACAGAUGAAACAGGAAACCCACAUUAAAGAAUUGUGAUGUGCUGUUAAUGAGAAAUCAGCUCCACUGGUGGCAGAGUCAGAGCUCGAGGGCACAAAGUCAAUGACCCAGAGAAUGAUGCUGAUAAACGCUGCCUGAUGG